GGCCUGUUGGUGGCGGUGGCCCGAGGCCGGGUUAUCCUGCUCCGUUGUGCUUCUCUCAAGGCUGCUUGACAGAGUGGAGUGGAGCCGCAGUUGUUAUUCUGGAGUCGUUAUUAUGUCCUUGCUGAGAGUAAGCCGUUUUCCGACUGGAGCUGUGAAGAGGCCGACCAAGGCCCGAAGUAAAAAGCCCCCGAGCAAGCGGGAGUGGGAUAGCACUGUUCAUGAUCUCACAGUACAUCGGGCAACGCCUGAGGAGCUUGUACGAAGGCAUGAGAUGCACAAGUCAAAAAACAAAGCACUUGUACAUUUGGAACUGCAGGAAAAAGCAUUAAAGAGCAAAAGGAAGAAGCAGAGGCCAAGAGUUCCAGAAUCACUAGAAAAAAAGAAAUUGGCCUUGAUGAGAGAAAUUCUCUCUGAGCAGUACCAGCUACAGGAUGUCCUGGAGAGAUCUGAUCAGGCUAUGGCUAUGGUGAAAGACCUAUUUGGUGAUACCCCUCACAGACAUUUAGGUUUCCCAAAUGUGACAGUAGCUCCUGAUUAUGACAUGCAGUCCUCCCUAGGCCCUAUCGUACAAAAGUCUGAUCCCCCCACACAGCUCUCCAUUCUUAGUGAGUCUGUCAUGGAUCGUCAGGCUGUCAAUGAAGUAGAGCAUGCUUCCAAGUGCAAGACAAGCAACGAGAAUGAUGUGUCUCUGAACUUCAGAUCCAGUGUUAAUACAGACAGGAUGCCUCUCCUUUUGAAAGAAGAAAACUCUGUGGCCAUUGACCAAGAAGAGGCUUUUGAGCAACAAGCAUCCACCAUCUCACCACAAGAAGUAGAUGGAGUUUCAACACCAACAACAGCUUAUCAGUUACUGGAACAUACAGCCCUUAAUGCUACGAAUGUAGUCAGGAAAGUUCAUUCAAGAGUUCAGAAUGAAGAACAGAUUCCAUAUACCACAUUCGUUGUGCAGCAAGUACUGAAUGCUAAUGUAAGGAAGGAGAAACAAACAGUUACAAAAGUGAAGAAGAAACAAAGUCCGCAGAUGCCUGCUGGACAAAAGAAGAAGAACUUGAGCACUGCUGCAACUUCCUUUGACCUUCCAAAUGGCAACAGAACCAGCCUAGAGGUCUUGAAUCAAAUGAUGCAUGAAAUGGAGGAAUAUGAGAAGUGGAUGGGACAUGAAAUACAGCAAGUGCAUGAUAAUCAAGGCGUCUCUGGAUUUACUCACUCACUGGUGAAUGCUCUGUGUCGGGUGAUGCAUUAUUUGAAAGAGAAUGAGAGAAGGAUGCACCAAGAAAUGGUGGACAGGCAGCAGCUUGAAAAGGAGCUAGGGGAACACAGGGCCCUCAUUGAUGCUUUAACUGCUGAAGUCUUACUGCUGAGGGAAGAAAACCAUGCUAUGCAGAGUAAGCUGCAGCAGUGCUUGGUUGUAAGAGAUGAAAAACUGGUCUCACUCUCUCAUGCACUUCAAGGCCUUUCUGUCACAGAUAUUAGCAGAAGAAGUCAUUCUGGAGAGAGUGGGAAACUUCUAGUACAGAGUCCAGAGUUAGCCAAAGAUGAACCCAUUUUAGAUUAUAAUGGGCCAAAGACAAACUGGCUUGAUGCUUUGCCAGUAGAUCUUCCCAAUAAAGCUGCAGUCCUAAAUCCUCCCAAGAAAAUUCAUCCUACCCCUACAUUAUCAACUCAUAUAUUCCAACCAGCUGUCUUGUUAUCACCACCACAACAGAAGAGCAGUGAGGCCUUGCCUCUUCUUCAGGAUGAUUCCACUAGGAGAGAGACAGAUGGAGAGCAGAUCUCUACUCCUUCACACAAACCACUGAUGGUACAGGAAGAUGGCAGUCUCUUAACACAGAAAGUCUGCGUUCCUGUUGCAAUCCAAACCAUGCAUAAUUCGUUCAGGUCACAUGGUCAAAUAUUAGAAAACAUCUCUGCAGCACCAAGACCAGGUUUUGAUGAUGCUACAGAGGGGAUUGAUCCUGGUGUAUCUAUGAUGUGUACACAGAAUGAAGAUCUUCAGGAGCAAAUAAAUGAGCUAACACACCAGAACUCUGUUAUUAAAACUCAGCUGAGAGCAUUUGGGCAUUGCCAUGAGCAGGCCUGGGAUAGUUUGCAGCAAGCAGAAACUAUGCAGGAUGUAUCAGAUGUAGAGAGACAGGGAAAUGGUCAAACCGCAAGCAGCUUAAAAGAAUCAAAGAGCUUGGAUGAACGAAUAGCUGAGUUGAACCGUCAGAGUGCAGAAGCUCGUGGCAAACUCUUGUUGCUGACCAAUCAACAGGCAGUAGCUACAUUCAUCUCUGUGUCUCCCCCAGUUUCCCCAGUUUUUUCACCACCUAGAAACUUGCCUGAAAAUGGAAGGAAGACAGUUGAGGUGUCUGUUCCAGUGGUGGAAACUCUGGAUGGUUUGAAAGAAGAUACUUUUCCUCCUGCCAGUGGGACCAGUGUAAGGAGAUCUGCUUGUGUCUCAAAUCAUGUGUGUUUACCAUUAAGUACUUCCCUGAGAAAUGACCGUCACAGAAUAAUAUCUGAAACACAAAAGGAAGGAGGCUGGUUUGCCUUGUCAGCACACGUUGGCUAGCACCAAACCCACUGAUAGGUAUAUAAUCUCGUGUAUAAAUAGUUUUUUUGGCAUUUUUGUAAAAAUCCAGAGUUCUAAUACUUGCGAAUAUCAAUGUUGCUAAUGAUGCUACGGUCCCCCUAGAUCUCUAGUUAGGUACUUCUCCGUAGGAUUCGUGUUCAUGUUGCAGAACACUUUUAUAUUUUCAGCCACUUUUCAUAUGUGAAGUCUGCAGCAGCACAGGCACUUAGAAACACAGCAAUAUGAAGGCCGCUGUUUGCAGCAAGUUUAUGAACAAAUCUUUAUGACUAACUACACUCUCAUGUUGGAAGAAGACCAGCUCGUACAGGCACCUUGGUUUGUGCAGCUGCCUGCAUGCUCUUAAGCAUCGUUCAUGCUGUAAACUACAUAUUUGAAUCAGGCCUCGGUAUUCAUUGGAUAUCCCUCUCAAAUCACAAUCGUUGCAUGAGGAGUCUUCAGUUCUUUUUUAUUAUCAUUUCUGGAAGUUCAGCAUUGCAAGAUGGAGAAAAUCCAAUUGAUAAAAGCUGUAUGCAAUUAAGAAGAGUCUAACAAGGUCUGACCCAGUUAAUGCCACCAAGGAAGUACGCUGGAAAUAAAACAGAUUCUUUGCUCUAAUACCAGUUCUUAGCUGAUUGAAGGAACAUUUGGUUGCAUGAGGCAAAUUCAUGGACUAAAAUUGUACCUGUUGUAUCAGGUUAAAUGCUCAUUUGUGACAGCCUUGCCAAGCUUCCGUUUGCCUGGAAAAUUUAUCCUGGCAAAAGGUUGACACUAUUGCUCUCAGAAACUGACCUAUAUGAAAGCAUCUAUAUGGGAGUGGGGACACAACUGCAUGCAUUGCCAGCUGUAUCAUUUAAAAACAAUGUAUUCUUUCAUAUAAUGCACCACCAUUAUUCUAGUUGCUAUGCUAGCUUCCUUCAGCAGCAACCUGGCACCUUUAUUUGAUGACACGUGCAUUCGGACACUGUUCAACUCAGUGUAAAGGAGAAUUCCUGGGUGCUCCAGUAGAAACAAUCCAAACAAACCAUCUGAAUCUUGAAAUAGGAAGGAAGGACAGACAGACAGAUGGACGGACUGUUCCUGCUUUCUACGUCUUUGUGGAGGGUCCAUUCCAUUAUUUGGCUUACGAGGUGUUGGUAUGAACCUACUGGCCUGUUUCCAUGAUGAUUGAAAAAAGCAUAUAGCAUGGUGGCUGCCGAGGAACUAGUAGUGUACUCUGCAGGUCACCUCCAGUGGAGUGUUGAACUGCAGGAAGUGGCUUUUGGAGGGCGGCAAAACAGACAGCAUGGAGGUAGUUAUAUUAGGCACAUCCGUUUGGAUGUACCUAAUAUAAACAAAGAGUUUGAGGAGGAAAGUGAACAGGUCUGUAUUUAUGUGAUAUAAUUCCUUAAUCUACCUAGGGGAGCCAGCUAGGCCUGUACACUCCUAGAGCUAAAACAUGUCCUACUUGUGGUGUAGGUGUAGCUGCCCAAGUACACAGGAUCCUGAUCCAAAUUGGAACCAUGGUAUUUGGGGGGGGGGGAUUAACUCUUUCCUCAUCACCACCCAUUUUGCUUCUGAAAUUCCAUUCCACACCCUCCCACAGGAAGUUUAAUAAAAAAUGUCUAACUGGAAACCAGAGACGGCUUUGGGAUUUUUUAAAAAUUUCCAGCCCCUUAAGUGUGAAUGUAGGUGAUUUUGGGGUGCAGGGGAUGAAGAAAAAAGUGUAGAAGAGAUUUGAUCUUUUCCUCAUUGAGUGUUCUGGUUCUGCUCUGGAUCAGUACUAGAUGUGCUUACACAGUAAGGAAAAACAGGCUUAGUUACAGAUACAUUACUAGAUAAAGGUUUUAGUAUAGCUGCCUUAAAACAGGAGAAUUGCUUUGACUGUGUUUUUUAAUUUGAUUUUAUUAGAAAGGACUUCCAGGUUGCUUUUGAGGAUAAAAUCCCCUUUUUCUGUUUAAGGAGGACUUUUAAAUGAUGCUUGUUGGCUUUAUAUUUUUUCAUGUUAUUUAAAGAUGAUUUUAACCUUA